UGUGACAAAAAUUUACAAACACUCACUGUCUGAUCUCAUCACUAAAGGGCUUUGGUUUUUUGGUGUGCUGUGCCUUUGAUACUUUGACCUGGAUCUCCUGUUGUCUAUGAACUAACAGAACCCCCCCCGCCCCCCAAACUGCCGGCUCUGAACGCUUUGGAUCCCCCUUCCUAAUCCAGGAAUAUGAACAAGAAGACGAGACGUUGGAUCUUUCAUAUCUUUCUAAGUCUGGGGAUUGUCUAUAUUAAGAUAGGAGGCUUCUCUUCCGUGGUGGCACUGGGGGCCAGUGUAAUCUGCAGUAAGAUUCCAGGCUUGGCACCCAGACAGAGGACUAUCUGUCUCACCAGACCCGAUGCUAUCAUCGUGAUCGGAGAAGGAGCUCAGAUGGGGAUCAAUGAGUGUCAGUUUCAGUUCAGACAUGGACGCUGGAACUGUUCUGCCCUGGGAGAAAGGACGGUGUUUGGGAAAGAGCUGAAAGUGGGCAGCAGGGAGGCUGCAUUCACUUACGCCAUCAUUGCGGCUGGUGUGGCCCACUCCAUUACGUCUGCUUGUACUCAAGGAAACAUGAGUGACUGUGGGUGUGAUAAGGAGAAACAAGGACAAUUUCACAGGGAAGAAGGCUGGAAAUGGGGAGGCUGUUCUGCCGAUAUCAGAUAUGGAUUAGUAUUUUCCAAGGACUUUGUGGACUCCAGGGAAAUCAGGCAGAACGCAAGGGCGCUCAUGAACCUUCACAACAAUGAGGCUGGACGCAAGGUCUUAGAAGAAAGCAUGAAACUGGAGUGUAAAUGUCAUGGUGUAUCUGGAUCCUGCACCACAAAAACAUGCUGGACAACACUGCCAAAAUUCCGAGAGGUGGGAUUUAUCCUGAGGGACAAAUACAGUGAAGCUGUUCAAGUGGAGCCAGUGCGUGCCACCCGACAUAAGCGGCCAAUGUUUCUCAAGAUUAAAAAGCCUUUGUCCUACCGCAAACCCAUGGACACAGACUUGGUGUAUAUUGAAAAAUCUCCAAAUUAUUGUGAUGAAGACCCAGUGACUGGCAGUGUUGGGACACAAGGCCGCAUGUGCAACAGAACAGCUCAACAUGUUAGUGGCUGUGACUUAAUGUGCUGUGGGAGAGGGUACAAUACACACCAGUACUCCCGGGUGUGGCAAUGUAACUGUAAAUUCCACUGGUGCUGUUAUGUGAAAUGUAACACAUGCAGUGAACGAACAGAAGUUUUCACCUGUAAAUGAGAGAAUGUCCUGAAACAGAAUGCUUUUCAGCUUUGGGAACUUUUGCCGUACAUUUGCACAGAAUCUCAAGCCACGUACCACAAAUUGAAGGCCUAUUGCCCCUUUGCCUUUUAGGAACCCAAAUGAACAGACCCUUGUUGUCUUUCAUUUGAAAACUAUUGAGAUCACUCAUUCAUGGACAGCCUAACAAUCUAUUAGAGUCUUAGAUAGAGAGAAAUACUAGCACAGGGGCAUAAAGCUAAGGAUAGAAGGGGCUCUCCAUAUCUUAAUUCAUUCAGUUAUGCAUUCCAGAAUGGAACCCACUUCAAACUGAGUGAUGUUGUACAAGUAAGGGAGGCGUGUGUUAUGUUUUACUUUCUUUCUCUGGAUACACAUGAAUAAUCAAAUGGAUCAGAUAUUCAUUUGUGGUUCACACCUAAUAUGCAGUGGUUAGGGAUACUGGAAUAUAGAACUUAUUCUGGAAACAGAUGGAUAUGACAACUUCAAACAGUUGCCUUUUUGAAAGUGAGAUUAGGAUGAGCUAACAAUGACCAUGUGUGAUAUUCCGCUUUGAGUGUGCACUAUACAGAUUAAGGU